GUUAAGGCAAAAAUAACUUUUGAAGAUGCUAUUAAAAGUAGAGCCGACAAAGAUGAACUUGACGCAACGAACAAAGUUUUGAAAUCUCAUAAACACAAUAUCUCCGAUAUAAAUGAACUUCAAGCUACAUUAAAUAGUAAAGCCGACAAAAAUCAUACACAUAAAUCCUUCACUACUGUUAGAGCAGACGACAUAAUAUUGAACUAUGAUUUGGGUUCAAGUGCACCUUUAGAGAAUCCGAGUACAAGCGUAAAAGAUACUCUUAACAAUUUAGAUAAGAGUUGUAGGAAUAUCGAAGAUCAUGCCAGAAACUUUGAAGCAUAUGAACUACCAUCAAUGUUAGACAGUAAAGCCGACAAAAAUCAUACACAUAAAUCCUUCACUACUGUUAGAGCAGACGACAUAAUAUUGAACUAUGAUUUGGGUUCAAGUGCACCUUUAGAGAAUCCGAGUACAAGCGUAAAAGAUACUCUUAACAAUUUAGAUAAGAGUUGUAGGAAUAUCGAAGAUCAUGCCAGAAACUUUGAAGCAUAUGAACUACCCGCAAUGCUAGACAAGAAAGCAGACAAAACAGAGCUUCAAACAUUAAAGACUCAGAUUCUUGAAACAUUAUAUCCUAUAGGCUCUAUUUAUACGUCAAUGAACUCAACAAAUCCUUCAAAAGUUUUAGGUUUUGGUGCGUGGGAACAGAUUGUAGACAAAUUCUUAUACUGUGCUAACUCUUCAAAGGAAACAGGAGGUUCAAAGAAAAUUACUGAAGCAAACCUUCCACCGCACACUCAUACAGGAACUACAAACUUUUCUGGUGACCAUAGUCACUCAUUAAGAGACCAUCCAUUAUACAACUCAGAAUAUUAUGCUGGCAAUGAUGUUUUAUCUCCAUCUUAUAACAAUUCAGCAAAAAAGACUUUUCGACCAACUGAACCAGGAGGAAAUCAUGUCCAUACUUUCACAACAAAUCCAACAGGCUCGGGUGCAGAUUACAUGCCACCAUUUGUGACUGUAUUUGCAUGGUACCGCGUUCAAUGA